AUGCUUACAAGAACUCUUAGAAGCGUGAGCGUGGUGGCUAAUAAGAACAAGCCAAUCACCCACUCACUUCGCCACGUCUCCUCUUCCGCUAUGGGCGCUGAAAAACCAUCAGACUUACCUUCAAAAGGUAGUGAGCCUUUCAAAGUUCAACUUCAUGAAGACGCUUUCAAUGGCUACCUCCUCGAUCAGCUCCCUUCUCUCGAAGUUGAAACUACAAAGGAUCAGCUCAUUGAGUUAUACCGCCAAAUGACCACUAUGAGACGUAUGGAACAAGCCGCUGAUCAACUUUACAAGGCCAAGUUGAUUCGUGGUUUCUGUCACUUGGCUAUCGGUCAGGAAGCUGUUGCCGUCGGUAUGGAAGCUGCUAUGACAGACAAGGAUCGUUUGAUUACUGCUUAUAGAUGCCACCCUUACGCUGUUCUUCGCGGUGGCUCGAUUAAAGGCGUCAUCGCUGAGUUACUCGGUAGACAAGAUGGUAUGUCAAACGGUAAAGGUGGCUCCAUGCACAUCUUCACUCCUACCUUCUUCGGUGGUAACGGUAUCGUCGGUGCUCAAGUCCCUGUCGGCGCUGGUAUCGCUUUUGCUCAACAAUACCUCAACAACCCUUCCGUAACCUUCUCCAUGUACGGUGAUGGUGCUGCAAACCAAGGUCAAGUCUUUGAAGCUUUCAACAUUGCGAAACUCUGGAAUCUCCCUUGUGUAUUUGUUUGUGAGAACAACAAAUACGGUAUGGGUACAAGCGCAGCUAGAUCUUCAAUGAACGUUGAAUACUAUAAGCGUGGUGACGUUAUACCUGGUUUACAAGUAAACGCUAUGGACAUUCUCAGCGUUUACCAAGCUUCUCAAUUCGCUAAACAGUGGGCAAUCGAUCACAAGGGUCCUCUUGUUAUGGAAAUGGUUACUUACAGAUACGGUGGACACUCCAUGUCUGACCCUGGUACCACUUACAGAUCAAGAGAGGAGGUUCAACAAAUGAGAUCCACCAGAGAUCCUAUCAACGGUCUCAAAGCUAGACUUCUUGAGUGGGAUGUCAUGUCUGAGGAGGAAUUGAAGAAGAUUGACAAAAACGCUAAGCAAGAAGUUGACCAAGCUGUCAAUGAGGCUAAGGAAUCACCUGAGCCUUCAAUGGAUGACUUCUGGUCUGAUGUCUACUACAAGGGCACUGAGCCUGCUUAUCUCCGUGGUCGUGAGCCUGAGGAGGGCAAAUACUACAACACUGCACCAAAUCUCGUUGGUGCUUAG